AUGCCGUCGCUUCUUGUUUGGCAGGAAUUGGCUCUCCGAAGUCAGCUUCCCAGCAUGGAACAAGAUGGAGGCUCUCAGAAUCCAGUAUCCUCUCCUGGAAUGUCUCAAGAACUGAGAACCAUGACCACAAAUAGUUCCGAUCCUUUUCUUAACAGUGGAACUUUUCACUCAAGAGACGAGAGCACCGACAGUGGCCUCAGCAUGAGCAGUUACAGUGUCCCCAGAACUCCAGACGACUUUCUCAACAGCGUCGACGAAAUGGACACAGGUGACAGUAUCAACCAAAGCAGCAUCCCUUCGCAUCAGAACCGUUUUCCAGAUUAUCUUGAAGCCAUUCCGGGGACAAACGUGGACCUUGGGACGCUGGAAGGAGAUGCCAUGAAUAUAGAAGGAGAGGAACUGAUGCCAAGCCUCCAGGAGGCUCUGAGCUCCGAUAUCCUUAAUGACAUGGAGUCUGUACUGGCAGCCACCAGGCUAGAUAAAGAGAGCUUUCUUACCUGGUUAUAGGGGCCUCAGGGAGACGAAGCCUGAAAUCUUUGAAGGAUCUAAGGAGAUAAGACGGUGUGCCUGAUGUUGAGAACAAGCCUGUGCGACAAAAAGGCUUUCUUGGCUGACGAUCAGAGAAGAGAACAAGUAAAUGAACAAAAUACUCCAGAUUCUUUUCAUCCAGCAUUUUGUUCUUCCUUGUCCAAUCGCUGCUGUUAUACUGCUGACCUCUUUUCACACUUGACUCUGAAGAAUUGGACUGUUUGUUUUAUCUCUUCCCCCCCUCCCCCCCCUGUUGCAACUGCUGUUCAACAGGGUGGUGACGGAGGGGGAGGGGAGACGUAGCAAGAGGAUAGGCCAGCCCGGUUUCGGAUCACGACUGCCAUUCCUUUUUGCCCCGCUAUCUGUAAUGCGUAUCCUUUUUUUAAAAAAUCUAAUGCGGAUUUUGUUGAGUCUAACUCUGCACGCCCCUACCCGCAGCUGGCGCUUCUGUGUUGUUCUGCCUGUGGCAAGUGGCAGCAACGUGACUUACUGGUCUGGCGAGCCAAAAGUUAUGUAUCUGAUGGGGGGAGGGAUAAAGAGUUGGUGCUGAUUUGGAGGCAAGCACCAGAAGACGGCUUGUUAACCUUGGAUGCUGUGCAAAAACCCAUCAGGCACAGAGGCUGCUCGAUCUCACCAUUUAAAUGAAUGGAAGUUGCGUGGCAGCGACGUUUGCUGGAUCAUGCCCACUGUUAGCUAAUUAUUAGCUUUCCCUGUUGGCUUCCCUGUUAUGGCACCACGAAUCAUGAGUCGUUUUACGUCAACUUUAUGAAUCUUGAUUGUUACCUCUUAUUCUAGCUUAUAAUUUUUUUUUCUUCUGAAUCUUAGAUUUUUUUAAUUAUAGCAGUAGACUUGUAAGUUAACUUUAAAAAAAAAAAGUAGUGAAACCGAAAUUUCCUGACUUCACUUAGUCUUAUUUAAAUCUGAAAUGGCUGGCUUUUUUUUUUAUACCUAAUCUAGUGUAGUCAGCCAGAAUAUCUAUUAGUCCUAUGUUGUGCUUGUAACUUCUUUUUUUAAAGAUAGCUUUGAAUGUAUUCAUUAGACUACAGGAUCCAGGGCUUAUCUUUUACGCCUGACUGCCAGAAUUUGAAGCAGUGAUCUUCUUUGGGACCUUGUCCUAAAUUCACUUCCUUCCUUGAAAAUUUAGCUCCACUUGUUUCAGAGGAACUUGCAUCUGUCUAAACACGUUCAGGAUUGCCACUUAAAGGGCAAUCAGUUGUAUGGAAGUGUUUUUUUUUUUAAUGAUGGAUUUUUUAAAACACAGCAACAUUUAUGCUAUGAGGUUUCAUCGUGGGACAGCUCUUGCCAUUGCGGGAAGAGCUUUUAUAGCGUUGAUGAAAUUGGUGGCUUGAAAUUCCAAAGUCCCUGAUGGAUGAAAAAAAAAUGGACAAAAGAUGCUUUUACCUGUAGUUAGUUUUCAUAUCAUCUGCACUGUCACCUGAGUUUACAAUACUGGCAAGAACACUAAAGUUUUAAGGUGCAUCAAAAGCAUAGCUUAAGGUGCAUCAGAAGCCGAAUGGUGCGUAUAGAAGACUGUAAAGAUAUGUGUUAGAGGGCGAGGCGAGCAAGUAGAAGAGUAUUUUAGUUGUAGAGGUUAGUUAGCACUGAUAUCGAGGGCCUAGUACAUCUCGAUGCCAUGACCUUUUAACGAGAAAUAAUUGCCUUCGCAGUUGUCUGCAGGAAUUGUAUGACAUGUUUUCCAAAGAGUAUUUUUAAGUGAACAAAAAGAGCACGAAUCAAUGUUACGGUAUAAGCUAUGAAGUAUUUCCGUGGAGUUGUGUUUUUUUAAUUAAUUAAUUGGCACCAUCUAGUACCUUAAGGAUCUGAUAUCAUUCCUAGUGACUUGUUUUCCUUAUUUUCAAGAUUUAUCCACUUGCCUUCCAAAUGUGUUUUGGGCUGAAACGUGGAACACAGGAGAUAUUGAAAGGAAAAAAUAAAACAGCUGGCCCCUUCUAGUUGAUGUGGCAAGAGGCCCCGUGGCAUUAGGCCACAGUUUAAUGGGCCCCUUUAUCGCCUGCAGUGUGUCAGCCCUGGGAGCAGUAAUGUGGAGGAGGGGGGUCAAGAGAGCAGAUCACACUUCCAUUAAGAGGCUUGCUUCCUCUAGUCUUCCCACCAUUUCCCCCUUCCCCCUAACUGCUUUCAGAAACAGACUGAUAUGAACUGACAUGCGUAGUCUUAUAGAUGGACAACAGGGAGAAAAUCCAGUGUUCUCGCAAUCCGUUUCCCUAUUUUGUAUCCAGAUACUGGAGGACCACUUUGUACCUAUUUGGGCACCAAGUAGGAAAUGGUGAAUUUCUCAUCCUGGAUAUCACAUAGAUAAGACAUGCUUUGGUUGAUCACAGCUUCAAAGUUGGAAACCUUUUGGGGGGGGCCUUGACAUUGUACAUACACUACACAGCUUAUACUGUAUCUGAGCAGCACUGUGGGAGAGGUACAGACGUAAAACUGGGAAUUCUUGAAUUUCUCUUAACACUAAACCUGUUUAUGCAAUACUUAAAAAACUUUAUAGUUACUUUUUAAGCCUCUUCGUGUGAUGGGAAAUGUGCCUUAGAGAUAAUUUGUACUGUUGGCAGAAAAAUAAGUAAAUAGACUGACGGGAAAGUUUUUAUCAAAUCGUUAUCACUUGACAAAGUGGCUUAACUUUUUUUGUACUGAAAUGCAAAAAAGAAAGUGUUAUGGGUAGUAUUUUGUAUUUGAUUGGUGUAUAUAUUUAAACAGAUCACUUUCCUAACUUUGUAGCCUCUAGAUUUUUUUUUUAAACUACAGUGUGUUCAGAACGUAAUUGAAACGUAAUGAAUUCUUAUAAGUCUGCAGCAUUAUCUGCUUGGGAAUAUGUACCGUUCCUAUAAAUCACAUGGAUCAAAAUUUGUGUACCAAUCAGUGUUGGAACUCAAGCAAUGCAAGCGGAAGAGAGACAAUUUCAGAGUGAUUAACGGUAACUGAGCUUUUGCACAUCUGGAGAAUCCAUAUGAAACUGACUUCACUUUUAAUCAUGGGGGGGGGGUUCUGUAAGAGGCAGGUGUGUGCUUGUCUAAGCUGACUAUUUUUCCUUUAGGGAGAAAAAAAACCCAACCUCCAUAUUUUAAAAUGUUUUCUGUUAGAGAACUCUGAAACACAACUUUUUUUCAAAUAUAUAUAUAGUUACAAAUGUUAUAUUUUCUUUAGAUGUAAGAGCAUGCCUCUGUUAA